AUGAAUGUUGUGCAUAGUGUGGAGACCUGUGGGAAGACUACGGCCACAGGAACCGGAGUGAAGGGCAGCUUGUGGGCAGAUGCGGUUGCAGCGCAGAUCUACCAGGCCUGGCUAGACUAUACAGACCGAUUGUCUGAAGAAUGGGCAGCGGAGACGGAGCGACUCGCCAGACAGCAGGUGCUAGCUGAACAGGAGGCUGCUUAUGCCGAGUCGUUGCGAUUAGAUCGACUCAAGGUCAGACACCCAUUAGUCUUACGCACAUCGUUCUCAUUUCAGAAUCCAUUUUUAUUUUGUUUCGUCAAUGAUUUCCCUUCCACAAUGAGCAUUGAAAUAAUGCGGAUCCGCUUGCUUCUAUGA